AUGGAGAUGAGCGGGGAUGAGGUCCGGGCAACAGCCAGCGGCAUGUCCACCAAGGGACAAGCAGCUAUCACAGUUGCUGUGUACAUCUCUGGCUUAUCUGUGAUCCUACUAUCAGUUCUUGCAAGUUUGGAGCCUCGUCGCGAUGCUACAGAGCUCGCUUCAAAGCCCAAGGCGAAACGUGCAUCGUUGCAUAGUUUGAAGACAGCAAUUCAUUCCAAGCAAAGCAAGUUGCAAAAUCUUCACAAUGAGGAGAAUCCGACAAUCUACACCAUCUUCACAAGAGGGCACCGAGAGCGUUACGCUCCUCAGGACUAUGGAAGUUACUAUGGGCCGCAAGCAUACUAUGACGGGUACUUCCGUGGAGGACAAGGGGACUCAACAUCUCCAGGGAUCGAUGCUCGUGGUGUGAGGACCGUGGGACGACAGGGUCGAGGGCGUCAUGUCUGGGCGUUUGCUUCACCGUACGACAAGUAUGAGUUGUACCGCCAGCAUGGAAACUACGUGAAUGGAGUGUACAAUUACUAUGUCAGAACUGUCAAUGAAGAUCAGCAGCAGGAAGUUUCAGACGCCAUGGCUUGGCAGGUUCGCAUGUGA